AGGGGGGCAUCGGCGUAUGCUUGUAUACAACUACCCCCGAUUUCCAUUUUUUUCCCUAACUCGUAAUGUAUUUAAUUCAAGUGAAACGUAAUCAUGACGUGUGUUGUCAUUAAUCUCCUCGCCGCCUCUCCCGGGACUGUUGGAGGUGGUCAGGCAGAUUGCCACCAUAAGAAAACAACCUCUCUCAGUCACGGUAGUGAAGCAUGUCAUAGACAUAUCACUGACUAUGGAUUCCCCACCAGAAUGUGUGCUGGCUCUUUCCUGUGAGCCCCCAAUGUCUCCUCCUUCCAUGCCCUCCCUGGACCACAGUCCCCAAGGCCUACCCCAGAGUCCACAAUCUAACCUGUCCAGCCCUCAAACUGAACUCUAUGCCCCAGUCUCACCCUGCCCCCUUCCUGGUACCAGCCUACAAGAUGAGGAAGACGAGGAUGAGGAGUUAUCAACACCCCCAUCACCCACCCCAGCCGUGGCGCUAUUUCCAGGUGAAUUGGAACUUGGCAGUCCCUCAUCUGAAGGCAGCCGUCCGACCACACCAUCAGCACCUUUCCCUGGCUUCGGAGUUCUGGAGCAGGCAAUCUCCUCUGGUCACAAUACCACCUGCAGUGAUGAGCUGGAUCUUCAGCUUUUCAACAAUGAAGGGAUGGUUUUGCCAGGGGGGACAACCACUGGGCCUGCCCUAAGGUUCCCAUGCCACGUGUGUGGAAAGAGGUUUCGCUUUCAGAGCAUUCUUUCUCUGCAUGCUCGAGCUCACAGUUUGGACAGGGACCGUCGGGUUUCAGUUCUCUACCGAAACACACAUGUCAAACAGAACCAUGUGAGUGAUAGUGUAAUCCAGAAUCUCAACAGCAAACAGCUUGGUCUGAAACAGAGUUUAUUAUCUGGGCCAUUGCAAAAGAAUGUAGAUGAAGACAUGGUUCCAGAGGAACCUCUUCACACUGCUAGUAGCCCUCAGUUCCUCUUUGAAGGAACCACAGCGCUGACUCCGCCUCUUACAGAGGAAGCACCAAUCUCUACUUCCUUCUUUCCACUUAGUCAUGCCCAUGUGGAGGACACCACCACCUCCACAGCUACAUCCGCCUUCCGUUGCCAUGCUUGUAAGGGUAAGUUUCGCACAGCAUCAGAGCUUGCACGUCAUGUGCGGAUCCUCCACAACCCCUACAAAUGUACAAUGUGCCCCUUCUCAGCUAGUCAGGAGGAAAGUCUGGCUGCCCAUCUGCAGGAGAGUCACCCACCUGAAGAUCCUGCAGUAGCCACUGUUUUCCCUUCUCAGCCUGUAACUGCACCACCAGAAACUCCUCUCUCACAAACUACAGUUGUUCCAGCAUUCCGCUGUGAGACAUGUGGCCAACGUUUCACUCAAUCCUGGUUUCUGAAGGGGCAUAUGCGGAAGCACAAGGACUCAUUGGACCACAAGUGCCAGGUGUGUGGCCGCGGUUUCAAGGAACCCUGGUUUCUUAAGAACCAUAUGAAGGUGCAUCUCAACAAGCUGGGCCUCAAGGCUGGCUUGGGAAAUCUGGGACCGGCUGGAUCCGAUCAAACCAAAGGUCAUGCAAGCACACAAGUGUUGGGGGCUCUGUAUUCCAACCUGCUCCUGGCCCGCAGUAUGGCAGGUAGCAGAGGCACAGGAAGUCGCACAGAAAUGUCAGAUGGUGGUGUUGCAGGCUCGAGUAAAUCAUCUAUCUUGGGAUAUCUGGGAUUACCCAAAGACAUCAGCAAUGGAAGUUGCAUGGAGCGCCUUCAGGAAGUUGCACAGGUUGCAGAAAUGGGUAAUGGAGGAGGAAGGGGAGAUGAGGCAGCAGACGGAGCAGACCAGACAGCCAUGUGGCAGCUGGUUACUCGCAGUCUGGCAGCGGCACAGCACAACCAACUGCAGCAGCGGUCCCACUCACACCAUCAACUUUCUUCCUCACGAGGCACAGUUGCUGGGGAAGCCAAACAAUUGAGAACCUACCAAGGUGGACUGGGUUCUAGAGAUGAAUUGGAGGCCUCUAGUGCACCCUGGGAGUGUCCAGAUUGCGGAAAGAUGUUCCGAAGCCUUCAGCAGGUGGUUGCUCAUGCCCGUGUCCAUGUCCAGAAACCACAUAAAGGUCAAAGUGCUCGAGGGGGCACAUCAAGAGAGGAGGAUAUUAUAAACCAAGUCAGUGGAGCUCAAGUAACAGGCAGAUUGGGGCACAGAGUUAAUGACAAUGAAGACAUAAGGCAGGAAUCAAAGCAACUCCCAUCAGGAGUGGUGACAGCUGGGAGCUUCCAUUCGAUCUUAUCACAUCUCUCUGGUCAGAAUGGUUCUUCAGCUCCAAGAGAGCGUGUUCGGGGAACAGGAAUAAAGGAUUGCCCCUACUGUGGUAAAGCCUUCCGAUCUUCUCAUCACCUUAAAGUGCACCUUCGUGUUCACACGGGUGAGAGACCAUACAAAUGCCCCCACUGUGAUUAUGCUGGCACCCAGUCUGGCUCUCUCAAGUACCAUCUACAGCGUCAUCAUCGUGAGCAAAGGAAUGCUAUGGCAACUUCCCCAAACUCCCCUUCACCGAGUCUCCCCUCUUUGACUGGCUCUUCUCGCGAAGGGGGAAGAAAACGGUGUCGGCUCCCCUCUAUGUCCCACUCCUCUUUUGGGAGGGUUCCUAGAGAGCCUCCCUAUUCCAGGAAUGGUCAGUCAUGGGCUGCAAGCCCUUUAGAGAAAAAUGAUGGCUCUUUGUCUGGACAUCUAAGAGAGGCAGACUUAGAGAGUCAGCAUCGCAAUCUGUCAGGGAUGGUGGGAGCACUCUUCCCUGGUGGUUUGGAAGCAAGUUGGACAGGGGAGGCCCCACCCCCCAAAAUGCCCAAAGUGUCUAGACGGAAGCCCUUUACCACAAGCCGCAUGGCAUCUACAAAUGGGUACACUUCCAGUGGGAUCGCUUCCAGUGGUUCUCAGGAAGGAGGCUUUGAACCACUUGACCUUUCCCGUCGCCCUUUACAAGAUGAGGGGCCAGCGACUAGUCCUGGAGGUGGACCAUCAACAGGCUUUAAAGGAGGGAAUGACAUCCUUAAUCAAUGUGUGUUCUGUCCCUUUCGAACCUCUUCUGUUGAGCUGAUGGCAAUGCACCUUCAGGUUAAUCAUACCAGCAAGUCUCGCCGCAAGAGAGGCAGUUCUGCCAACCAUUCUCCAAGACUAACCCUGUCUGGGACAGACCAUGACCCACUGGCACUAUGGAAGUUCCUCAGUGUAGGGGAUGGCAUAAGGUCUCCUGAGGAUUGGGUCUCAUCCAAGGCAAUAUCUGAGAAUGGAGUCAGUCCAGAGAACAGAGAAACAGAGAACAACGUCGAACUGGUCCAAGAACUGGUGGGAACCACAGAAAAGGGGAUUGAAAUGAGAGUGGACUUCGAUGAGGAAGAUGAGGAGGUGGACGAGGAAGAGAAUGACCUGGAAGCAAAUGGCAGCUUUGGAAAUUUACCCCAGCAUCAAAGCGAAAGGGCUCACUCUGUUUCACCAGACCUCACAGAUGAUGAUCUCCCUAAGGAGGAGGAUGGUAUCUUGGGGAAAUAACACUUAAAUAGAGACCUCGAUGAGUUCAGAGCUGGAGCCAGGGAAGAAUAAAGAAAACUGAGAAGAAAAUAUUUGGGAGCUGUCCAGGGUCCCUCGUAUCAUUCUGACCAAGGGUAAACAGUUGUUAUGCUAACAUAUACUGUACAGUACAUAAUCAAACCCGUCAAAAGCAUUUACAUUAAUGGCUUUUACGCCAUAUAUACAUAGCCCCCCCUUGGUUAGUGAUAAUUUACCUCUACACACACAAAGACUUGCAAUCAAACAGAGAUAUCAGUAUUGUAUGCCACUCUAAAGGUGGACACAUAUAACUUUGCAUGGUCUAGAGGUUACUGCCAAUCUAAGCAACUUACUAUUGGUCAAUGAGGCAAAUUCACAUAUCAGAGUUCACCAAACUUGAACUUCAUGCAAAAUCUGCAAAGGCAAAUUCUUUACCAACAGAAGUCCCUCAGGUGAAAUUCCACAAUGUGUGGAUUCCUAUUGAGAGAACUUUUUCGCCUGUGGAAUUUUGCUGUGCGAAGGUAAAUGUGACUGCACCUUAAAGGGAUAGUUCACCUAAAUAUUUUUCAUUCUCUCAUCAUUUACUGUGUAGAUGUGUAUGACCAACAGAGCUGAGAUAUUCUUUUAGAAAUCUUAAUUUCUGCAGAAGAAUGAAGGUCAUACACAUCUGGGAUGGCAUGAGGGUGAGUAAAUGAUGAUAGAAUUGUCAUAUUUGGGUGAACUAUGCCUUUGAGCCUACCUGUGAAGGAGUUUUGGGGCCUUUUCGAUCACUGUGCAAUUGCAAAGUCUAGUUCUACUGAACUUUUCCUGUGAAUCUUGCCCUCAUCUCCAAGAACCUGGAAUGUCAAUCUGGAGAGCUGAAGAAGCAAAAAAGAGGCACUAUCCUUAAUCACUACAAUAUAUUAAUGCUGAGAUAAAAAGGGGAACAGAAUACUAAAUGGAGAAAAGGGCCGCUUAUUAUGUUGGUAAGAGGGAUUGUCCUACUUCCAUGUGAACGUACUUUUAUAGCACUUCUUCUGUAAACCAAAGGAGUGACUGCACUUCUUUUCAUGCACGUGCCAGACUCUGAACAGAAUGCUGUGAUAAGUGAAUAGUACUUCUGAAUCACCUCUAACAAAAACUGGACAGAGUAAAGAUUAUAGACACUGCCACUCUGCACCAAUGCAGAUAUGCCUCCGUAUAUGAAACAGAGAGUUUGCCUCUUCUAUAUGCUAUUUCUCUCAGUGCCUGUUGAUGUAAAUGUUUUUUUUAGCAGAUUCAAACAACACAGGAAUAUAGUUACAGUAAAUAUAUACAGUAUAUGCAUAGUUGUACUACAGCGUAGAGUUCUGUAACACAAUGGUGUCAGUUUGUGACUAUGUCUGCUGUGAAUGAAACAAUGGAAUGAACUUUGCGCACCACAUGUGAGAACAACUGGCCCUUUACAGAGGCCAGUUGUAAGUGUUUACAUUACAAAUACCACCUGGAUUUUCAGGUGGAAUCCGGACCACCAUUACAACAGAAAGUAGCUUUGAGUUGAAAUUUCAGGGUUUGCAACAAAUUACAAUCUACAAAUGGAGACUCAGCAAUAUAUCAUUCCUAUUCCUGUUAAAUCUGUGACUCUCAAACUAUCAGAGAGAGGGUGGACAGUUGGUAUCUACUUAACAGAAAGAAGAAAACAUAUUCAGUAUGCCAUUUCUUUUAUAUAAGUAGAAUAUCUGUUUUAAUUUAAAAAAACAAAAAAAAAAAAAACACUUAAGUUCAUCAUCCCAGUAGAGCAUAUGUAGCUUUUGUAAAGAUAAGAGAUCAAAAGAGGAAAAUAAAAGUUCUCCUUUUAAUAAGUGUUAAUGGAAAAAGCAUAUGGAGAAUAGUAAUAAGUAUUAUAAUAAUUAUGAAAGAAGACUGCUUUAGAAUGUCGUAAGAGCACUGUGCAAAGUUUAUUUUCUAGCUUUGUUUUGCCUUUAAAUGUCGACCAAACUUUCUUUUCCCAAAACACUUUUCUUUUUUUUUUUUUCAUAAUGCUUCAGGUUCUUGAACAAUGUGUGUAUUCUUCAAUCAACAAACCAAUCAUUUGGACACACAAUCAAUGUUUUCUAAGGAUCUUUUAAUUUCAGUGAUUGCUAAUAUAUUUAUAAGUGAAUGCUGAGAUCAUGUCCAAGCAUGUCACAAUAUCAGCAUUAUCAGUUUGCCAAAUUUUAUUUAAUGUUAUUUAGUGUUGCAUUUUAUGCAGAAUUUCAAUUAGCACAUAAUAGAAGGGUUGAUCUACUCAUCCUUGUGCGUCUACAGUGAGGUACGAAUGUCUAAGACCACUAGUGAGCAUGCUUCAGUAAGAUGUCUUGUCUAAUUUAAAACAAAUCAUAUUAUUAGCAUAACAAUUUGAGUAAACAAUUGAAUUGAAAAAUGAAUUGCAAAAUUUCUUGGUCAUUGGUAUGUCUCUCUUUCUGAGUUGGUAUACAAUCAUUGCAAAACCUGAUGAUCCCUGUUAUCCCAGCAUGGUUUCAGAAUAUUGUAAAGAGCAUCUUGUGUGCUUCUAUGAAUGGAACGAAAUCAGACUUUUAGGACAAAAGAGUAUAUUUGAUAUUUUCUUUGCUUUUUUUUAUUAUUUAUCCAAAAACACAAAACCCAGAUUUCCAGUGUGGUCUCAGACUUUUGGACCCCAAUCAUUUCCAUCCCAUUUGUAUCAUUAGACAACAUUAGGAAGGCAGUACUUUUGUCCAGUGAUUGACAGAGGCUGGCCUUACUCUGCUGCACAUUACUGUGUUCUUGUUUUGUAUGUAAAGCCUCCGAUGUGGUGUUCGUUUAAGUUAACAGUCAAGCCACUGUGCCUUCUGUCCUGAGCACUUCCUCAAGUACUUUGUAAGCUCACCAAAAGCACUUAGCCCCUACUGUAUCUCUUUGUGUUCUUUGGUAAACUGUUGUCUUUCUGUCUCUAGUUCUCUGUUUUCUUUCAUUGAGAUGUCAGAUGUGGGGGUCAUUCUCAUUUAAUUCUGACUAGCAUCAUUCCAUCACUCAUGUCUGUGUGAUAUUUCAUCUCCAGCUUUUUACCUUCCCUUUAGCAAAUGUGCCACGGAAAGCUUGUGUAUUAUGUAGCUGUGAGGCCUUUUUAGAAGUUAUUUUAAUUUCUAUUAUGUUCUUUGAUGCUGAUAAGAUGCAAUCAAGCUCUUCUGAUCAUAAUUAUUAUUAUAAUUGUACUUUUUGUUUUAUGGAAAAAUGACACACACACAAAAAAAACUCAUUUCACAAAAACGAACAAAAAUGUGUUUCUUAAAUGUUGUACAGAUAGAGAUAGACAUGUGUUUCUAACAAGAGAUCAAACCCCAGUACCUGCUCUCCAUCACUCCCUACAUAACGAUACAUCUGCAUCAGUGCAGAUGAGACUCUUUUAGGACGGCCUAACUGUGUACAGGGAUCAGGGCAAUAGUUUGUUUAUCUGAGUCUUUAUUUGCAUGUGUGUGUUUGCAAAAGAGUGCAUCAAGGUUUUUUUAAUUUAUUGUUUUAUACACUGACACUGUGAAAUAAGUACCACUCGCAUAAAACUAUUCCCAAACAGCGAUGUGCAGUUUAAAAGUUUCUCAAAGUUUGACAUGCAUUGUUUUCCAGUGUAAGGGGAGAGGUGGAGGGGAGGUCAAGGUUUGAUCUUUUCAGUAGCUGACUGCUAUUGAUGUCAGGGGAAGCUGAUCUAACAUAGUAGUAACUAAUAUGAACUUGUGGGUUGAGAAAUAAAACAGUAGAGAAUAAA